AUGGGAUAUACCAACGUCAACAAUCCCAUCACAAUCGAUGAAAGCGUAACGGAUUGGUACACACAAACAAUUUCCAGACAGGCACUUUCUCUCAUACCCGAUGACUUUGAGAAACUCCCAGCUUUCGAGACCGUCAAGUUCAGCCAUCGAAAAAGCUUUGGUCCAAUAGUCGACACCCAUUGGCCACAAGACGCGUCCGAGAUGGUACUUACUCUGGGCACCUUCGACGCCCCGGAUCUCAACUUCAAGCCGCUGGUCUAUGUCUACGUACAUGGAUUGAAGAACCGUUUUAUCGGAUACUUCUAUGUCAACCCAGACUCGAGCAUCUAUCGCGUGCAACAGAGCAGUCUCAAGCAUGUCGAUAUCGAUGAACCGUUUUGUGACGUCGGAGACCUCUCAGUUGGCAAGCAAACUUUGUGCAACAGAGUACGAGCGAUGGCGCUUUACUAUUUCUUAGCUGCUGGUUACAUCGAUGAGGUAGGUGAUUACAAUCAUUUCUGGUUGGACUUUACGAAGGCUUGCGCAUUUAUCGCCAACAAGGGCAAGCGUCCAAAGCCUCACGCAAAAGUACAGAAACAAGAACCGAAAACUGUACCAGAGCCAGCUGCGACAUCAUGUUUGGGGCCAGAAACCACUGACUCGGCGCACGACGCUGUCGCAUCCAAGAAACGCACUGGCGAUGAUGGACCCAUGCCAACAGCAGAACAUCCGAUCAUGGCAAUCAGGGCUGAAGCCCGGCUAGCAAACAGUGAAAGAACAAGCACCCCAUUGAAAGCGGAGAUCGAUACGCAAGCCAGGGCUGUUGAACAGCUCAGAGCACAGAUGACAGUAAACCAUCAGCUGUUAGCGAAAGUCAACGGACUCACAGCGGAAAUAAGCCGAGUCAAGAAUGAAAGCAUGUUCAGUCAAAAUGCAUACCGCGGCAUCCAAGUUCAACACGAUGUCCUGGCAGAGCGACACGCUAAUACGCUCAACAACGAGAACGCUCUUCGCGAUCAGCUCGGUCAGAUUCAGGCACGCUGCGCACAAGCUGAGAGGCGAUCAAAGGUGCUGGAGAAGGAAGUAUAUGGUCUUAAGCAAAGGAUGAGAAGAGCGGAAGAAGCGUUGGACAUUUCGGGUUUUUGA